AUGACGUGCACUGUUUCAACGGGCGGGGGCGGCGAGCCCCUGAGCGAUUCUUUCGUCUCUGGGGAUCAAUGACGCCAUAGAUCGAUCAAGAGGAGGCGGCGGUAAUCCCAGGUCCCCAGCCGCGCCGCCGCUGGAGGGAUUGAUUUCUCCUCUGCCGCACGGAUUCCUCGCCGCGAUCGGGCUCGCGCCGGCGCUGGGGCUUUUCUUGUUUUGGCCUCUCGGCGAUUCAUUGCGAUUGCGUGCGUCGCCUGGGGGGGGAUUGAUGGAAAUCUUCGCUCAAUGAGGCUUCUUGGCGGCAAUGAUCAGCAGUUUGAUGCGGCAGUUGGUCAGGCAGAGCCAGGAAUCCGCGACUCCCAGCGGUGAUCGGAUCGAUGCUCCUCCCAAAGGUCCGGAUGAUGAAUCCCCGCCUCGAGCUUCGCCUCUGACUCCUCUCAAACUCAGGUCGGAGCAAUCUCCACCUCCCGGGAAUGAGAAUAUUUCGCCCUCUCCUCUGCCGCGGGCGAUCGCAUCACUGUCUCCAGGAGCAUCGGCCGGAAAGAAUGAGCAGUGUUCUUCCACAGGGUUUGAGAGUCCCCGCAUCUCCGAUUUUGGGAAGGAUACUGAUUCUCCAAGGUUUCAAGCGCUGCUACAGCUUACGAGCGGCUUAAAGAAAACCAAGCUACGAAGCCUCAACAAGAGCUUUGAGGUAGAGGCAAAAGAUCUACACGCAAACAUGUAUUGGCGGCCUCACAGCUUUAACGACGUUGAGGAAAUCAUCUCAGCUUUACGUGAAAAAUUCAACUUGGCAAAGGAGGAAGUAAAUGCAGAGCUUGCGGCGUUUGAGCUAGAGUUAAAGGAGAUUCUGCGGACAGGAGACGUGCCUCCCGGGGAAGAGAAAGGCUUCGAAGAGCUGCUGGCUGUGGCCCGGGCAUGUCUUACGAUGACGCCCUUCGACUUUCAGCAGCAGUGUGAGCGUGUGGUCCAGGCGCUCGAUGAGAAGAGGCAAGAGCAGUCAAAUGGUCUGCUGAAGCAGCUUUUCACGCGCAUUCUCUUCAUCCUCACACGCUGUACUCGCUUGCUCCAGUUCCGGAACGAAAACGGUCUGAACAAGGAUGGCUGCCUGAACAGGUUUCCGAGACAUCCAAAGUCCGACACCAUCGCUGAUGCAACGGAUGGAAAGGAUUCGCGGUCCUGUCCGGCAACACUGAAGUCGUUAAAGCUUGAAGACAGGGUCCUCAACAAAAACCAAGAUGAAAACACAGCGAAAGAUGGUUCUCGUCAACUGGAGCAGUCAAGCAACGGGCUUGUUUGCCGGAUAUGUGAAUUACGGGUUCCAGCGUUUUUCUUUGAAGGACAUUCGCGUGUAUGCGCGGCUGCUGAUCGGUGCGAUCAUGACAAGCUGGGGUUCGAUGACAGGUUAAACAGACUCGCUGAGACUUUGGAAAAAGUCGUAGAGACUUGCUCACCGAAAAGCCAGGCAGAAGGUGACAGUUUGUCUCCUAAGCGAACAGACGAUAACACUCCCCGGUCUCCGUUUUCCUCUGGUUCCAUGGAGGAAGCGGAUGAUGUCUACGAGAUUGAAGAACUGGCAUAUCUUGCUAGAUGUGUCGCAAGAGUGAACGUCCUAGACGAGUCUGCUCUGGAACAUUUGAGUGUUUGCAGUCAGAACGUUGAAAAAAUCCUUCAUGAUUGUAAGGCCGAAGGUUUGACGGCAAUUACAUAUGGAGAGAGAAUAAGAUCUCUUGUCAGGCAAAAGUACUUGGAAGCUUCUAAAGCUUGUGAGCAUAAUGACUGUGUAUCAAAGGAACCUGCACCUUUACCUUGUAAGCACAGAACCAGCAUUGAGGACUUCGAAAUUAUCAAGCCUAUCAGUCGUGGCGCGUUUGGGAGGGUGUUUUUGGCCAGAAAAAAGACUACUGGUGAUCUGUUUGCUGUCAAGGUUCUUCGAAAAUCUGACAUGAUACGAAAAAAUGCCGUACGGAGUGUUCAGGCUGAGCGCAACAUCCUUAUCUCUGCUCGAAAUCCAUUUGUGGUCCGUUUUUUCUAUUCUUUCACAUGCAGCGAGAACCUUUACUUAGUCAUGGAGUACCUGAACGGAGGCGAUCUAUACUCAUUGCUCAUGAGUAUGGGAUGCCUUGAGGAGGACAUGGCACGCGUUUACAUCGCUGAGCUCGUCCUGGCGCUAGAGUAUCUGCACUCUUUAGGAGUUGUACACCGAGACUUGAAGCCUGGGAACAUACUGAUUGCGCACGAUGGACAUAUCAAACUGACCGACUUCGGUUUAUCAAGAAUGGGUCUUAUCAAUAGCACUGACGACCUUGCUAUUGCUAUGAAUGACGAUAGGGAACAUAAUCAGCUAAAAUCAGCAGUGGGGACGCCUGACUACCUGGCCCCUGAGAUUUUGCUGGGAACUGAACAUGACCAUGCCGCCGACUGGUGGUCUGUUGGGAUUAUCUUGUACGAGUUUCUCACUGGUGUUCCUCCAUUCAAUGCCGAGCAUCCUCAGAUCAUCUUCGACAACAUCCUUAACAAGAAGAUUUCCUGGCCGCGAGUCCCGGAAGAUGUAUCAUAUGACGCCUGUGAUCUAAUAAACAGGCUCCUCACCGAUGAUCCAAAACGACGCUUGGGUUACCGGGGUGCCGGAGAGGUGAAGGCGCAUCCAUUUUUCAAGGAUGUGAAGUGGGACAUGCUUGCGCAACAGAAGGCAGCAUUCGUUCCAUGCCCGAGUGACCAGCAUGAUACCAGUUACUUCAACUCGAGGUCCAGGUCCAUGGACAGCAUCGAGGAAGAGGAUUCAUUCGGGAGUACCUGCAGCAUGGACUUGUUUGAAAACAAGCUUGGCGACGAGGCCGAUGACGAUUGCCAUGAGCUCACCGAGUUUGGAUCAUUCUCCCACGUCACAUUUAGCAACUUCUCUUUCAAGAACCUCUCGCAGCUCGCGUCCAUCAAUUACGACUUAUUGGUGCAAAACGGCACCGGCAUGGAGUCAAUGGGAGGCCGACUUUCCAGUCCAUGACGAGAAACCGAAAACAAUGAGAGGAAAACGAACGAAAAACGAAGAGAGCCUCUUUUGUAGCCGAUUGUAAAUACAUUUUUCCCUUCGUACAAGUUUUUUGCACGGAUGGCAA